CCCUUUUGAUGUUGUGUUGGAUUUUCACCAAGAUCCAACUGCAGCUGCCAUGGAAGCCUACUUGCGCGGCGCCUCAGGUACAUGGCUCCACACUGAUCGUCCAAGACGAGAUGAUGUUGCAUGUACACUAGGAUGGCGACUUGUGCCUCCGAUUCUCGAUCACAUCGCGGCCUGUCAAGUGUCGUUGCUGGAUGAAUUGAUCGCCAAAGCCUGUGACAAACAAUCUAGCGAGCAUCUCGUCCGUGUCAUGGAGCGAGUACAUACGUCCUUGACGAGCGUCCACAGUCGUAAUCGUCGACGACGUAGGCGGCGACAUCCCCAUCGACAUUUGACCUGUCGAACGAGCAAAUGCAAAAUGUCGCGUGUAGUCUACCGUUUAUCGUUCGAGGCCUGGCGUUGCAGAACCUGACGUAUCCCAUGACGGACUCGACUACGCCGUCCGACGAGACCGCCGCAUGGAACGCCGCGUUGGCUCAGCUGCAGCGGGCGUUGGGCUCCAUCCCGCACCGCGACGUCGUGGCCAUCACGCUCUUGAAGCGGUGGAAGCGGCAUCUCAAACUCGCGUCGUCGCAUGCGACUGCCGAAGGGGUUUCGUCGUCGCCACACAAGGCGUUUGGGUCUGUGGAGCCCACUUUUGAGCAUUUGAACUGGAAACUUCGACUGGUGAUGAGAGGUCCCCCCACGUUGGCGCCGCCGUCCGUCUCGGUCCGCCUCCAGUGGGCAGCUGCUUCAGACAACACCACCACAACCUCCCACGUCAUGGACUUGACCGUGUCUGCCUUUCAGGAAUUGCAUGCGUCGUGGCAAGCGUUGGCAGUAGCUAUGGGAGACCAGCCCUAAACCAAAGCUGUAUACUACUAGUAGUGUUAUACGUAUAGGUUCCAACCUCGACAGUUCGUGCUAGUUUGUACUAGUGGAAUUACACUGGAUCGUCGUGCCGUAUAGUGUAUAUGUAUUGCGACAAGUGAUAUUUCACAACCAGCCG